UGCAGAAUCGGGGGGGGCUUUGUAGAGGGGAGGUGUUUGAGGCUGCGUGAAAGUGGGAGCUCCCCAGGGGAGGGGGGUAGCUUGGGUGAGGUUUCUGGGUGCCCCUAGGCCCCAUGGAAGAGUUCAGCGAGAGGAGCCCCCUCUUGGGGGGCAGCCCCCGGCCCCCUUCGGGCGCCGCCACCGACGUCUUCCAGGGCCGGCGCUUGGCCUGUGCCGCCGUGCUGCUGGCGGAGCUGCUGGAGCGAGUCGCCUUCUACGCCAUCACCGCCAACCUGGUGCUGUUCCUCAACGUGCCGCCCUACAACUGGGAAGGGGCCCAGGCCAGCCAGGCCGUGCUGGUCUUCAUGGGCGUCUCGUACCUCGUGUCUCCCUUCGGGGGCUGGCUGGCGGACGCCCUCCUGGGCAAGUUCUCCACCAUCUUGGUCAGCUUGGCCUUGUAUCUGCUGGGCAUGUUGGCGUUCCCCGCCAUCGCCGCCCCAUCCACCCGCCGGUGGCUCUGUAGCGAAAUCCCUUUCUGGGACAUCGCCAACUGCUCCAGUUCCUUGUCGCCCAACGCUACCGCGCCCUCAUGCCCAGAAGCGUCCGCCCGCUACUGCACCUUCGCCACCUACCUGGGCCUGGUUUUGGUGGGCCUCAGCGUGGGAUCCGUCAAGGCCAACAUCACUCCCUUCGGAGCUGAUCAGGUCAAAGAUCGAGGCCCAGAAGCCACUCGAAGGUUUUUUAAUUGGUUCUACUGGAGCAUUAACUUGGGGGCCAUCCUGUCUCUGGGAGGUGUGGCGUACAUUCAACAGAAUUUGAGCUUUGUCGUGGGUUAUAUCAUCCCAGCAGUUUGCAGUGGGGUCUCCUUCAUUGUUUUCCUCUGUGGUCAGAGCUUCUUCAUCAUGAAGCCCCCCGAUGGCAGCGCUUUCACAGACAUGUUUAAGAUCCUUGGCUAUUCGUGUUGCUCCCGGAAGACGUCUGAGGAGCCCUCAAGGGACAGCGACACCCAAGGAAUCCUCCAGCGGCAGCCUUCCAAGCAGUCUCUCUUUGAAAUGGCUAAAGCGUCUCGUGGAGGGCCCUUCAGAGAAGAUAAAGUGGAGGAUGUGAAAGCCCUAGUCAAAAUCAUCCCGGUCUUCCUGGCACUGAUACCGUACUGGAUGGUCUAUUUCCAGAUGCAGACAACGUAUGUCCUCCAGAGCCUGCACUUGAGAAUACCCCAGUUCUCCAACAGCACCUCAAAGACCCAUACGUUCCCAGCAGCUUGGUUGACCAUGUUUGAUGCAGUGCUUAUUAUCAUCCUGAUCCCUUUGAAAGACAAACUGGUUGACCCCUAUCUGAAGAGGAACGGCCUUCUCCCGUCAUCGCUGAAGAGAAUCUCCGUAGGCAUGUUCUUUGUGAUGUGUUCUGCAUUCGCUGCAGGAAUAUUGGAAAGCUCUCGGCUGAAAAUGGUGCAUAUCAAGACGAUCAACCAGACGAUUGGGACAGGCACGUAUUAUGCAGCGGAUAUGUCCAUCUGGUGGCAGGUCCCUCAAUACUUCCUGAUUGGCUUGAGCGAAAUAUUUGCAAGCAUUGCAGGUCUUGAAUUUGCCUACUCAGCUGCUCCCAAAACGAUGCAAAGCGCCAUCAUGGGUCUCUUCUUCUUCUUCUCUGGGGUCGGCUCGUUCGUUGGCUCGGGACUCCUGGCCUUGGUGUCUAUCAAAACGAUUGGCUGGAUGAGUAGUCACAAGGAUUUUGGUAACAUUAAUGACUGCCGUUUAGACUUCUACUUUUUCUUGCUGGCGGCGAUCCAAGGAGCAACCUUUCUGCUUUUCCUUAUUGUUUCAGUGAAAUACGAUCACCAAAAAUACCGGACGAAUGGAGCUGCCGCCAGUGGGCGGACCUGACAUGAUCUCUGAUGGAAGAGCAGUUUCUUUGACUGGCGUGUUUUUAAAAUGUUGAACAGUCAGCCUGCAAGGUCUUUAAAAUGCUACUGUUGUGAGGUUUUUUUAAAAAAAAAAAAUGUGCAUGCAACAGUGAGUUCUUGCCUCAGCCCUCUUUCCUUGCCCCUGUAAAAGUAGGUAAGUGCCUUACGUUAGCAAGAGAUUUUAUGUGUCUUGCCCCAAGUUAUGGAGCAAAACCUAAGUGCAUACCUUUCGGCAUUGCAAGUGCGCCAUCCUGAUUCCAACCUUUUUUCUCCAGUUUGUUAAAGCUGGAAAUUUUUAGUGUUUGGAGACUGAUUUAGCAAGUAUGGCCUGCUGUGGUGGAAAACAGAAUUGGUUCUUUCCAUGAAGAACUGUGAAGGUAGUGUUUGAAAACUGUGUUCAUGAUUCCUCUUACUUGUCCAUUUUUCACAAAUGAGUUUCUUGAAACUGAAGCAGCACAGAUGGAGUAGAAAAUAGCUCGUUUUAACCUGUGGUAACAAAUAAUAACAACGUUGGGAAUGAAAUGGCGAGGAAUAUUUUUCCUACAUCAGAUAAAAAGGGAUGCGAUUUUAAACAUGUGUCUUUUAUAAGUGAAGGUGAAAUGAAUAGCCCUCAUCGUUUAAUGUGGUGGUCUUUCAGCUGCUACAACUUUUGGUAUAUGUUAGAUCAUUUUGUGGUGGGAGGCUGAGCUGGUAUCAGAAUUCUUUGUUUCUUUGGCCUGGUUUGCCCAGCUGUUUGGAUCUAGGUUUAAAGUCGGUAACUGAUAUUAGCAUAAUCCUGUGAACCCACAUCAAGAUUACCGUUGUUGGUUUGUGUCCCAAGACAAAUCUGAGAUUCCCAUCUUGGCAUGAGUCCACAUGAUCACACUGAUAUCAGUUGCUACAUUUGGACAAAGUUUAAUUUAGGCAUUAAACUUAGGUCAAUCUAGGUUUAAUUUAGAGUUAAACCUAGAUUUGGAUGAUCACAUGAACCAGACUUUUUCUUUUUUCUUUCUCCCAUACCUUGAGAAUCAAUGUUCUCUCCUUUUUUUAAGUAGGUAUUGAAAUAUGUUGCAGCAUUUGGAAAGCAUUUUUCAUUGUAAAUAAGAAAUCUUUCACCUUCCCAAUUGUUACUUCAUUUUCCUGUUGAAAAGCUGAUAGGAGGGGGUGAAAAAAAUAAAACUGGGAUUGAUUGGACCUUAAUUUUGAAGUUAGAUGAGCACUCGGAAGGACACAGCCAACCUGCAUUGGAGGGGCAGGUGGGAAUAGGUUGUGAGAUGAAUCCAUCCUGUUUUGGGAUCAUGGGCCAAAAUUAGACCUAGGAAUCUGCAGUCAGCCAUUGGGCAACCUCUUCCCCCAGCUCACUUCCAUGUGGUUUUUCUAUUAAAGCAUCAUCUUUUGGAGGAUAAACCAAUUGUAUAAAUCCACCCUGAGCUUUUUGGGCAGAGGGAUGAGCAAGAUCCGGUAAUGUCUUUAAGACCUUUCCAGUCCAGCUAAUAGCCUAUGAACGGAAGGACCGUUAUCUUCAGCCAACACGUUCCUUUCGUUAAAAAGCAGCUUUUUAUUUCUCACAGGGCCUAACUUCUUAUUACCUUCCCUCUGUUUUGUUGUUGAGGAUAGAGCAAUAGAGAAAAAGCAGUAUUUUGCACAAAAAUGACAGAGUCAUCCACUGCAGGGGGAGAAAAUAACUUCACUUAGUAAUGAAUGGGUUUUGGAGUUGUCUUGGGUGUUUAUUUUUCAGCAUGUUUUGGGAAGCAGACUUUUUGUUUUUCUACAAAGCAAGUACCUUCAUUGAAACAUGUUUACGAAACAUUUGUGCUGUGAACCUGUGUCCCAAGGUGAAUAAAUAUAUAUAUGCUGCAGGUA